CCUCAUUUAUCAAACAAAAAGCUGCUCUAUUGGCGGCCGCCAUCAGCCAACCGUCCUAUAAUCCGGCACAGUUACAUAAAACAAGCCUCCAACCCCAACGUCACACGGAGAGGUAACUACACUCCAAAGCUUGGCGUUCUUUUUUGUGUGACUCUUUGGCUUCUCCUGGACGCAGAAGAAGCAGGUGUGUCUAAGCGUCAUGAUUGUGUUAGUAGACUUGUUGCUGAUGCUAAUAGACCUAACCGGCUCUAUCCUGAGCGCCAUCCUGCAGACUUUCCUUCGGCCGAGGCUUAAAUGCAUCGAUGGGGAGCUGUGUCUGAUCACGGGAGCCGGGGGCGCGCUGGGUCGCCUGUUCGCCCUGGAGUUUGCCAAAGAGGGGGCGCACCUGGUGCUGUGGGACUGCAACGCGGCUGCCAACGAGCAGACUGCCAGGCUGGUGCGAGAACUGGGCGUCCGGGUGCACACCUACACGGUGGACCUGUCCAAGCGUCAGAACAUUUACGAGACAGCGAACCGGGUGAGAGCGGAGGUCGGGCAUGUCUCCAUAAUGGUCAACAACGCAGGCGUAGUGGCUGGACGGAGGCUGCUGGACUGUCCGGAUGAGCUUCUGGAGAGGACUCUGCUGGUGAACUGCCACGCGCUUUUCUGGAUGACGAAGGCGUUCCUGCCACGGAUGAAAGAACAAAACCACGGCCACAUUGUGACCGUCGCCAGUGCACUUGGACUGUUCAGCACUGCCUGCGUUGAGGAUUACUGUGCUAGUAAAUUUGGAGCUGUUGGAUUCCACGAGUCACUGACACAUGAGCUGAUAGCAGAAGACCUGAAUGGCAUCAAAACCACUUUAGUAUGUCCUUAUAUUGUAGACACAGGAAUGUUCGCAGGCUGUGAAAUCAGGAAAGAGCUUCGCAGCAUAAUUCCACCCCUUGAGCCUCUCUACACUGUGCAGCAGUCUAUGAAAGCCAUCCUAGCAGAACAGCAGAUGAUCUGCAUUCCUCGUCUUAUGUACAUCCCCUUUCUUGCAAGAGCCUUACUACCUUGGGAGGCAAAUGUUGCAACGUAUCGCUUCAUGGGAGGCGACAAGUGCAUGCUACCAUUCAUCAAGAACAUUGAAAUGAAGACCUCCAACGGCCAUACCAAAUUGUGCUAACGUUUCUGAUGGUGUCUUUAUAAUAUUCUGUGAAAAUCUGCUUACGUUCGUUU